GUGUCCGGACUUUAUUCCGUUUGCUUCGCCUCUCUUUCAGCUGCGGCUUCAUCAUUUUAUAUUCUCAUACUUUGCUGCCCUCGCCACCUUCUGUCAGAUCACAAGAACCCCACAAAAUGAUACGCCGCUGGACCUGGCGCAGUACGGCAACUGGCAGCCGAUGAUUCAUCCGCAUGAACCCAUCGAUAAAGACAGACUCUCCCUGCUGCUGCAAACCCUUCAGUUUCAUACCCUCAGCCUUGAGAGGUCUCAGGCGACGCAGCGGGACCCGGUGAAUUUUCUGCGUAUUCCUCAAACCCUUUUUCAGUUUGAUUUGAGGGUCCUCCCCAAUGUUAACGAUUUAUUUAUUUUUAAUUUAAUGAGCAAAGCCGACAAAAGCGCUGGCGAGGAGAAGGCGCCCCACCAUCGCAUCCGAAAGGCAGCAAAAACCGCGGGGAGCCGGCGGCUUCUGCUACCACCCAAGGAGGGUUUGAAGAAACCAGCAGAAAACG